AUGGCAUCAACCGAGCGACGCAACGAGCAAGAGGAACACGACAAAGGCAACUCCAUCUCCAGCGAAAAAGUUAAGGCUUCGCUUUUAAACAAUGCAGAGAGCGAAAAUCGAGAUAAUUGUGAUGAUGACGAUGACGAUGAAACAGUGAUUGUCCUUGACCGCCAGAAUGCGAUGGAUUCCACAUCAGCUUUGUGGGCGGAGCAAGACUCUCCGGAACUAGAAGAAAGGCGGCGGUCUAUUCUACUACGUGAAUUACAACGAGUCCAAAGAGCUAGCUUCGUACAUUUUCUGAUACUAUGUCUAAUUCCAACAUCUCUCCUCUUAAUCGUGGUCAUUACUGUGCUACGAGAUGACGAUCUUUGUGAAUCGACAGCUACCCUGUGCGAAGAAGAGCCUCGAACAUUCAUCAAUGCAUUUACAACCCGCUGCGUUUGUAACGCCAUUCAAGUCACAAAGGAAGAUGUAGGAGGCAGUCCCUAG